AUGUUAAUACAAAUUGUAUUGGUUUUGUGCUAAUAUUUUCAGCUAAUCAGCUGUUUUUGCUAAGGAAGAUUAGAAUGCUUAAACCCUAUUCAAAAAAGAUGUGUUUAAAUUGAUGGUUUACAGUUUAUUGGAAGAGAGAAAAAGACAGGAUUUUGCGUUAUUGAUUCAGUUUUAUAUGAUGAAAUAGAUUUUUGUCUAAGUGAAUCAAAUAAUGUCUGCAUAACUUAUGAUAGAAAAAUGUGUAUUAAAGUAGAGUCUAAUAAUAGCAUAGUUGCUAUAAACUAAGAGGACAGCAUCUGCGGAAUUACGAUUGAUGGUUAUUGUGUGGAUGAAAAUUAAAAUUAUUCAUAGGAAAUCUACUGCAAUGAUUCUCAUUGUAAAUUUACAAACAAAUAAUAUCAAAAAUCCUGUUUAAAUUAUAAAUCACCUUAAAUAUAUGGCAAAGCAAAUAAGAAUGAAUGUGUGUUACAAGAUUAGUAUUUUCAUAGUGAUGCAUAAAUCAUUUGCAAACCGCAUUAUUGUAUUUAUUUUUAAGAUAAAUAAAUAACAUGCGUCAAAAUGGAUCAUUCAAUUCAUCCUUAAAUUAUUGGAAAAGAUUCUGACGGAAUAUGUAUCUUUUAAAAAGUAGAAAAAUAGGAUUUUUAUCUUAAAUACAGAAAUUUACAACUCUGCGCCGAUUAAAAGCAUUGCUAUGAUACUUCAUAAUAAACAUGUAUGCCAUUGAGUGCUAGUUACCCAGCAGUUAAGAUGGGUGGAACUUGUGGAAAUUAUAAUGAACCAAUUUCUAUUUCUUGUUUUUAUGAAGGAAAUGUCUGCUUGCUAGAAAAUCCUAGAGUUUGUAUACGUAUUUUUUUUAAUCAAGACUAUGAUGUAUGUGGUAUUAGAAAAGAUGGUUUAUGCGCUGCUUCUAAUAUAUAUUACUAAAAUUUAUAAAUAUGUGCUUCUGAUUACUGCAUGUAUGGUCAAGCUAAUAAUGCAAAAUGUAUUAAGAUGGAUGGUUAAUAAGCAGUUGGAAUUGAUUCAUAAGGAUUUUGUGUUCAAAAUUUUGAAUAAAAAGCUGAUAGAUGCUCUACCAACUUUUCAUACAUUUGCUAUUUAAAUUCUUCGUAAAUAUGUAUCAACUUAUAAGGCUAUUAAAAUUAUUGUCAACAAGCAAACAAAUGCUAUGAAUUCAGCUUAUAGUAGUAUAUUGGAAGAGACAUAUAUUACUAUUGUAUACAAUCUGAAUAAUCUCUUUAACCUUAAAAUGUCUAAAACUGUUUAUAAAAUCCUAGUUAUAUAUGCUAAAAAAGAGAUGGAACUAUGUGUGUAUACUAUUAUUAGAUUCCUACUUACUUUACUUACUUAGGGUACAUAAAUUCAUCAGGAUAUUGUGCAUAAGAAGGUUAUCAAACAUAUACAUCUUAACCAUAAUUUUAAACGAUUACUAAUUUGAAUCCCAAUUUUUGUUAGGAUGAUAGUUAUGUUAUCUAAAAAAUAUUACCUCCAUAUUAUGGCAGAUUAGAUAGCUAUAAUUAUAAUAGAUGCCUGAAAUAAUCUGAUUAGUCUCCAUACAUUGAGUCUUGUAUUUAAGGAUACUGUAUAUCGAAUAAUAGUUGUUAAAAAAUUGGAUUCGAUUCAAAGAAUGUCUCUAAGCUUUCAAAUUAAUAUUGUGGCUUAGUUUAGUAAAGUUCAGCCAUAGAAUGCGCCUAUGAUUAAGAUUAUUGUAUUUAUAACUCAAUUUGCUACAAUUUAAGUGAUUAAAAUAUCUAAACUUCAGGAAUUGAUUAUUAUGGAAAUUGCUUAUAAAGAGGGAAAUAUUACUAAAAUUGGAAAAAGUGUUCAGUUAAUCAUUGCUAUCAAAAAAAACUACUCUUAAACUCUUUUGGAUGCUUUUAUCUUGAUGGUACCUAAGGAGCUGCUGGUAUAGAUUCAAAUGGAAUGUGUUUGGACUAUGGUGUAUCUACGCCAGUGAGGUGUGCUUUGUCCAGUUAAGUAUGUUUAGAUUUUCAAAAAAAUACUUGCUAAUAAACUAUAAAUUUUGGCUCUACUGGUAAUGGAUGUUAUUACAGUGGUUAUUGCUAUUAAAUUAAUCUUGGUUAAUUUAUUGGGAGAGAUACGUCACUUAUUUGUUUAAGUGAUUAAGAAGCUACUAAUAAUUUAGAUACUUGUUACAAUGAUAAUUAAAAUAUAUGCAUGGCUGUUUAUUCAUCAUUAAAAUUUUGUGUUGUUUAUCCAAGGACUUCUUUAUAUCUCGGAUAUAUAGUCUAAAAUAAGUAGUGCGCUGUUGAAAAUUAAUAAACAAAUUAAGGAUAAUUAGUUGAUCUGGUAAACUUAAGAAACAAUUAUUGCCAAGAUUAGUAAGGAUAUAUUAGAAGGCUUGAUGGAAAAUAAUAUGUCGGAGUUGAUUCUUCUCAAUAUCUUUGUCUAGAAUCUGGAAAAACUCCAAGCAAAUCUAUCAUUUAAUGCUAUACAGGUUUUUGCAUAGUUGAAAAUGCAUGCAAGGCGUAUGACCAAUAAUAUGUUGGGAGAGAUAAAUAUUAUUAAUGUUUGAAGAAGGGAGAAGGAAUAAGCGUUGAGUGUGCAGCAAAUUACUGCAUAGAUUUAUCUACCAAAAACUGUGUAUAAAUAAACGACACAAAUCCUGCUUAGGCUGGAGUUUUGGAUAACUUUUAAUGUGCUCAUUCAGAAAGAUAUUAUUACUCACAAAUAUUAUAAUGCUCAGAAAGUUAUUGCUUAUAAUAAAACCCAAACAAUCCAUCAUAACAAGGAUGCUUUGAAUUAGAUGGAGAUAUAAAUAGAGCUGGAAUAGAUAGCAAAGGUAAUUGCCUUCAGCAAGAUUUACCAAAUGCAGUAAGAUGUAGCCCAGGUUAAUUCUGCCUUAACGAUAAAUUUGGUAAUGCAUGCUAAUCCUUGCUUCUGUCAUUUAAAAAUAAUAGAUUUGCCAGAUAAAAAGGAACAGGUGUUUGCUUAUCUUAUAUAGAUCCCAGUUAAUUUAAAGGAGAUAAUAUAGACAUUUGUGUCAAAGGGAGCUGUAAAUAUAGUGAUCCUAAAAAUUUAGAUUUUUGUUUUUCUUUGGGCCAAUUAGCUUUUGGCAAUUAAGUUGUAGGAAGAGACAUUAAUGGAGAUUGUGUAUUGAAAGAUUAAUAAACUUCAACAUAAAUAGUUGAAUGUUUUGAUAUGAUAUAUUGUAUUCUCGAUCUUGGAGGAGGAAAAUAGAAAUGCUAAUUACUUUAAGAAAAGGAUCUUUAAUUUCCUAAUUUAAUAUAUAAGGCUAAAAACAUUAAUUAAACAUGUUAGGAUAUAAAUAUGCCAAAUAGUAUGGGUUGUCUUUAUGGUUUAUACUGUAUUAAUCCAAAUGAUGGUUAUAAGUGUGUUUUGAUGAAUGAUGAUAAUAAGAUAGGAAGAAGUUUAGUCAAUUAAUAAUGUUUAUAAUAGGGUGAACUUAUAGCAAAUUAUUGUCAACCCGAUUUUUGUAUAUUAAAUGGGGCAUGUGUACCUUUAUCAAAUAAAUUUCCUGGUAAAGAAAAUUAAACUUAAAAAUGCUUACCAGAGUAAAUUGAAGGUUAAUAUGGAGCUUCUAAUUGUUAUAAAGAAGGAUUCUGCUUGAUUAUAAAUCCUUAAAAUCAACUAGCUUCUUGCUAUUAAUUAGAUUAUUCAAAUCCAAAUACUAUUGGUAUAUAGAUCGAUACAUAGCAUUGCUUGAAAGAAGGAGAGACCGUUGCUAUAAUGUGUGCUUAUGAAAAAUAUUGCAUAGACCCUGUUAGUCAGUCUUGCAAAAUCUAAGAUAUUAAACAAGGUUAUUGUCUAGGAAAAAAUGGUAUGUGUGCAAAAAAUGGAUCAUGUGUAUAUUGUUAAGUUAGCUAAUGCUUAACAAAUUAAAACUCUGGAACAUGUAUUGAUCUUCAAUAGCCUCCAGCUUUAUUUUGUAAAGACAUAAAUGUACAUUCAGAAAAUAUUUUCAUUUAAAACCAAAAAGGAAUAUGCUAAUACUUAAAUUCAGGCUAAUGUGAUAUAUGCCCAGAAAAUUAUUGCAAAUUUAACAAUAUGUGCUUUGGCUCUUAAGAUUUACUAAAAAUUUUAAAAGGAAAUUAAUGUUUUGUUUAUGUACCCAAAUUAAAAACAUGUUAAAUUUAAGACCUCAAUACUCCAAAUAGCUAAGGAAACAUGAAUUGCAUGAAUAAUAAAGGUUUUUGCUAAGACACUACAGUUGUUAAAAAUCAGUGUUUAAUGUGUGCAAAUUAUUAUUUUAACCCAGGAAACUAAUAAUGCUUUAGCAUAGAAGAAAAAGCAUUAUUAUCAAGCUCACAACUAUUUUUUAAUAUGUAGCUAAUUUAUGUGAAACAAGAUUGCUAUGAUUAAGAUUAUUGUUAGUCUAUUCCUUCCCUUAAGUGCCCAAAAGGAUGUUUUUCUUGCAAUUCUCCUAAUUUCUGUACAUAAUGUAUUGAAGGAUUCUUUUUGUAUUAGGAUACAUCAAAUUAAUAGUUUUGUAUUUAAUGUUAAAAAUAAAUAAUUUAAGAUAAUACUUUGAAGAUUUAUUAUAAUUAAAUACCAACUUAUUCAUGUUUAGAUUGCUCUUCAGAAUAUGGUACAUGGAAUUAGAUUUCAUCAAAGUAUAGAAAUUGUUAAAACUUUAUAGUUAAGUUAGAUAAUCUUCUACAAAUUACAUCAUAAAAAUAUGCUGCAUAAAAUUAUAUCAUCUCACCAAUUAGCACAACAUAAGCUCCUUAUUAGUUAUAUUUUCAUAGAUCAAGAUUAUGUCCUACAGGUUGCUUGUCCUGUGUUUAAAUUUCUGAUUCAAAAGUAAUGUGCCUUUAAUGUUAGGAUUAUUAUAUUAAUGAUGAUAAUGGAAGUUGUCAAAAAUGCCCAGAUUUUUGCAUAAAUUGCUAAUACGCAACUUUUAUUUCAGGAAAAGUGAUACCUAAAUCUUAAAUUGAAAAAAAUCAAUAAAAGUAUUAUUAUUUUGUGACAAUUUGCUUAAAGUGUAGCCAAUAUUAUUUGGUUUCCUACAAUCUACAAUCAUGUGAUAAUUGUGGUAUUAAUUGUCUUUAUUGCUAAUAUGAAAAUUAUAAGACAGUGUUGAACUAUAAUAUUAGAUAAUUAUAAUAUCUAUCUUAUUAUGAAUUUUCUACACAGAAUUUUAUUAAAAAAUGUAUCUAAUGCCCAUAAGGAUACGUAGUUGGAUAUGACGGUCAAUUUUGCUAGAAAGAAAUUUAAAAUUGUAGAUAUACAACUUUUUAAAUAGCAUAAAGUUAUGAUCUUACACUAUAUAUAUGGUCCUUUACAUAAAAUUCUACAAUUGCAAAUUAAAUAUGCAAACAGUGUGUAGAUGGUUAUAUAUUAUCUGGCGAUGCAAGUAGUUGUUUGGAUGGAUGUUAGUAACAAAUUUCAGAUAAUAGAUGCGAAAGUUGUUAUUCUCCUUUGAAUAAAAUUUAAUGUUAAUUUUGUAAUUCAGGAUAAAUUCUUAACUAAGUUGUGAACCCUGGUGCUUGCUAAGAUGAUAUUUGUUCAAGAAAUAUUGUAGGAUGCUAGGAAUGUUAUAAGUAUUAAGAUCCACAAAAUCCUAGCCCAUUCUAUUAGAUUUAUUAAUGUACUAAAUGCAUAGACUAAUAUAGUAUACCUUCAAUAUUUUCUUGUAUAUAAUGCCCAACUGGAUGUGCAAAGUGCUACGAAGGUUAUAGAUAUUACAAUUUCACCUCCGAGUUAGUUUAUAAAAGAACAUAAUUUACUGUAAAUUAAAGGUUAAAUUAUUAUUAAAAUGACUAUCAGUUAUACUGUACUGAGUGUUAAAAAGGAUAUUAAUUCGAUUAACAGUAAAAAAAAUGCAUAAAAAUUCAAUGUGGACCAAACUGCAAUUUAUGUAUUUUAAUAAAUAAUUAGCCUUAGUGCGUAUAAUGCAAUUAUGACAAGCUUAUAGCUGAGUUAAAUUAACUUUCUUAUUUUAUUGGAAUUCUUUAUUUCAAAUAAAAUUAUAUACCUAAUCCUAAAACUAUGAUUAGUCUUACUUCUUCUGGAAAUGAUUGUUAGAUCUGUCCCAUACUCUGUGAGACUUGUGUAAAUAAUAGUGAUGUAAGCAUCAAUCCACUAUUUAUAUAUGAUGCUUAAUGCCUUUCAUGCAAAUAGAGUCUAGAUUAAAGCUAUGUACUACAGAAUUACUAGAUAACAUAUGAUAAAUCAAGAAGAAAGUGUUAUUUAUGCAAUAAAUCUGAGCAAGGAUGCUAUUAUAAAAAAUAAAAAGUUAUAUAUGCUUAAUGUUUAGAUUUGAGUACAAGAUUAGGAGAUGGUUCACUGCAGAAUCCUAUAAAUUUCAGUAGACUUAAUGAAAUAGAUCUGAAUUAAUUUUUAAUAAAUGAGAUAGAAUAUAACUAAGCAAUUAUAUACUAUAAUGAACUCUAAGUAAAAGAGUUAGAAGUACAAUUAAUAUUUGUAGAUGGUAGUUGCUAUGAUUAUAGACCUUAAAAAUUCAGUAUUAAUAUAAAGGAUAGUAUUAGAGCUUUGUCUACUUCUUUAAAUAUUACAACUUUAAAUUAGAAUUCUGUUUUAAAAUUUUAUUAAUUGGAUGCUUUUACUGUUUAAGGGUUUGAUUAAAUUUAUAUAAAAAAUAUAAUUUUCUUACAGCAAAGGAACGACGCUAAAUUAGGUCUCAUUUUAGUUGAUAAAGCAUUAACAAAUAUUUAGCUAUUUAAUUGUUAAUUUUUACAAAUAUAAUAAUUGAUAUAAAGUAUUUAAUUCAUGACAUUUAAUUUAUAAACAAUAUAAUAGACGAAAGUAAAAUUAGAACAAGUAGUUUUCCAGAAUAUCCAAAUCUUCGAAUCAACAUCAUUAAUAAAUAUAAACAAUACUUAGAAUUCUUCUAUAUACCUUAAGAUGAAUUAAGUUAAAUUAAAUAAUGUUUUGUUUUAAUAAUCUAAGUUAAUAUCAACGAACAGCAUGAAUAUUACAAUAGAUAUUACAAAUUUAUUUGUAAAUUAAUCAUUAUUUGACUAGUAAUCUUUACUAUUAGAUAUGAAGUAGAAUCUAUUAGUAGACCAAUAUAUUGGUAUCUUACUAAAUAAUAUAAUAUUCUUAAACAGUAGCUUUCUUCAUGGAUCUACAAUACUAAAUUCUGAUUUCUUGGAUUUUUUGUAGAUUGAUAACUUAACUUUCAAUAAUUGUACAUUCUAAUAAACCCAAAAAUAAGCAGUAUUACCUCUAAUCGCCGCUAAUACAUUCAUGUUAACAUAAAUUUAAAUCAUAUCUAAUACAAUUACUAACUACAGCUUUUUAUAAUAAUAUGAUAACUAUUUUAAAGAUUAAAAUCAAAGUUCUUCAUUUUCUGGCAUCGACAUUAUAGAUAACAAGGUCAACUCUGAUAGUUAUUUAUUUUUAUUCUUUCAAACAUAACAAAAUCGUAAUAGCAGUAUUCAUGGGAUAAACAUAUUAAGAAAUUAAUUUUCUUCCAAUUAUACUUAAGUUAUAGUGCAAUUUAAUCAAUAAAAUUUUGUUUAGAUACAAAAUCUUACCAUAGUUGACAACUAAUAAUUUUUAUUUAUCUCUACUGACAGUGUUAGAAACAUACUUUUGCAAUAAGUAUAUUAAUAUCAAACUAGUUCAUAAUAUUUUGCUGCUUAGAUAUGCUACUUAAGAUAGACAAAAAAUUAAAUUAACAUCAAAAAUAUUAAAUUAGAGGGAAUUUAUUUUUAGAAAAACAUAUUUUAAAUAGAAAAUAGCUUAAAUAAUUAUUUGCAAAAAGACUUUUAAAUUACAGUAACAAAUUUAUUUAGUACUUAAUCUACUCUACUACUGAAAAGAUAUACAAAUGAUGUUACCAUUUUUUCUUUAUAUUCAAAACAAUAAAUUAGCUUAACAGUUUAAAAUGUUACUUUUUCAUUUUUUAAGUCGUAAGUCUUAAAUAAUAAGACAAGUUUAGGCAAAAUAUCACUAGGAUUUUACUUUCAGGGUCUUUAGAUAAAAGCAACAAUUUUAAACUCAACAUUUGCAGACUUAGAUAUAAGCAGUCCAUUUAAUUGGAUUGAAGGAUCAGUUUAAUAGAUGAUUUUAAAAUCUUGUAAUUUUACUAAUUCAAAUGGCUAUUAGAACUAUAAUUCAGUAAGAAAUGGAGGAUUUUUUAAGAUUACAAGCUAAAAACUAAUUAUUAAAAAAUCCAUUUUUAUUAAUGGAAAUGCUUUAAAUGGAGGAGCAUUUUACUUAAUAAUGCAAGGUAAAGGAACAUUAAAUCUAAUUAAUAGCACUUUUAUUAACAAUAAGGCAUACAGUAACAAUGAUCAAGAAACGAAAGGAGGUGCUUUUUAUUUAGAUGGAUUUAUGUCUGAAAGCUUAGAUGUAUUGGUAUUUAAGUCUAUCUUUUCUAAAAAUCUAGCUUUGUUUAGUGGCGGAGCCAUAAAUAUUUAAUCAUCAAAUCAAUAAAAUGCUUUCAUAAUUUAAGAGAGCUUUUUCUUUGAUAAUUUAUCAUGCUAAGGUAGUAGCAUUAAUAUUUAAAGUAGCUCUGAUUUUUAAUCUGAAGUUGUAAUAUCAAAAACAAAAGUAAAUAAUUAAAUUCAAAACACCAUAAGUACUGUUGAAAAUAUAGCAAAUUUGCUAAGUUAAUAUACAUUAUUAAAUAUUUAAUAAUUGAGUUCUUCUCAGAUUUUCAUAAAGGAUGUAAGAAAUGUCUAGUUUUUUUAAUCUAGAUUUUAGAUAGUCCCCUAUAAAUUUAAAGAUUCAAAUGUACUAAAAUACUUUAAAGGCAUAAUUUUUUCUUAAAUGUUCAGCAUUUAAAAUGUUUUAAAUUACUUAGAUAUAAAUAACAUUUAUGAAAAAAGUGUAUUCUAUGGCAAAUUAAUAAAUGUGAACAAUGUUAAAAAUAUUUAAAUAUAGCACACUUAAAUUUUAAAUAACCAAAAUAUCAUUGAAGACUUAUCGCAUCAAGACAAUCGUGUAUCAAACCUAGCAAGUUUUCAUAGCUAAAACUGUUUAGUUUUUAAUCUUACAGUAAAUUAAAAUAAAUGUUUACAGUGCAAUUUAGGAAUAAUUGAAAUUUUAUCUUCUAAAUUAGAUAUGUAAAAUUCAACAUUUUAAAAUAACUUAGCACAGUAUGGAUCUAGCUUAUAGUUAUAACAAAAUAAAUAAUACAUAUAUAAUCUAUCCAAACUUUUAUAAAGCUUUUAAGAUAAAUUGGUUAUUAGCAAUUCUACAUUCUCCCAUAAUAUAGCUAAUGUCAAUGGAGGAGCCUUGUACAUAAAAGAAUCAACAGUAUUUAUAUAUUAGACUCUUUUUGAUACUAAUACUGCUAGGUAAUAUGGUGGAGCACUAUUUUUAGAAAAUACAAAAAAAAAUAUUUUAACUAAUUUAAUCAACCUUUAAAAUUGUACUUUUUCUAAUAACAAAGCAAAAUUUGGAGGAGUUUUAGCUUCAACAACAGGAUAAAGAGUUAAUAAAUAUACUAAUAAUACAUAUAAAGAUAACAAAGGUUAUUAAUAUGGAGAAAAUAUUUAAACUUCACCAACUAAAUUUAUUAUUACUGUUAAUAAAACAUAAUUGACUGAUACUCAAUAUAUAAAUAUUCAAAAUCAUCAAGGUGGCACUUUAAGAGAUGAAAUAUUAUUGGCUUUAUGUGACGAUUAAAAUAAUUAUAUUUAAAACAUUCCUUAAGAUAGUUUCCUUUCAAUAAAUAUUACUUAAGGAAGCGGUUUUUUGAAUUAAAAUAAAAUUGCUCAUAAAAAUGGGAUUUUCAAUUUAACUUAGUAAAUUCAGGUUUACGGAUACUCAAAAUAAUAAUUAUUAUUAUCUAUAACAAGUGAUUUAAUUUAAAUUCCAGUUUUUAACAAAGAUGAAAUUAUAAUAGGAUAUGAUUCUUAUCAACUAAUUAUUAAUAUUCAGAUGGUUUAAGUUUGUUUACCAGGAUAAAUACCAAAAAAGUUUCAAGAAAAAUUUGACUUAUGUUAUGAUUGCUAAGAUGGUUCCUAUAGCUUUUAGGUUUCAGAUACAUGUUAAAUAUGUCCAAGCCCCUAAGCUAAAUGCUUUAGAGAUAAAAUCCUUUUACCCUCUAAUUUAUGGAGAGUAAGUUAAAAAUCUAUUGUUUUAUUUCCUUGUAAAAAUUGUGUUGGUGAUAUUUAGCUAUAUAAGAAAUUUAAAAAAAGGAGUUUGUUAAAAAUCUAAAGUACUGACUUAAAUUAUUAUUGCAAAGAAGGAUAUAUUGGAGCACUUUGUGAAGAUUGUGAUAGGAAUGGUUAACAUUGGGGAGAUAGUUAUUUCAUGAAUUUGGAUUUAAAAUGUCAAAGAUGUAGCCAAACAACUUUUGCAGAAAUAGCUUAUCCUUUAAUGAUAUCACUUAUUGCCUUUAUUUUAAUGAUUUUCUUGACUUAUUACAUACAAAUUUAAGUUCAUUUAAAGUUAACCAAGAAGGUGCUUACUAUCCUUAGUAAAAAGUACUAUGGUUUUAAUGAUUAAAGUAUUGCAAGGACUAUUAAAUUUUUAGUUUAUUAAUCAUCUAUUAUAGGAAUUAUGUUUUGGUAUGAUUGCUACAUCCCUAAUACUUUUUCAUAUAUUUUUAUUGAUAUUGGUAAUCUUUUUACAGAUUAAAUAAGGAUAUCCGAGUGUUUUUUAGAAUAAAAAUUCUCUGGAACCAGUAUAAUCUACAAAGGAAUUUACUUUUUAUUGGGAACUUACUUUGCUAUUAUAUCCUGCAUAAUAAUAUUUUAUAUGCUUUUAAGAAUUAAGUUUAAUUAUCAAAAUUACUUACAAGAUAUUCUGAUUUCUUUAAGUAUUUUUGUUUAUUUUUCAUAUAACUCAAUUCUAUCGAAAAUAUUUAGAUCAGUAAUUCAUUUAUUAUUUCUCAAAAUUAAAAAGAAUGUAAUUUUAUAAAAUAUAACAAAUAGAUUAAUUGCUAAAAGUUUGACAAAAAAGGAUUCAUAAUGGAGUAUUUAUCAAUUUCAUGUGAUGAAAUGA